AUGGAGGCACUCAAGGCACCUGGGCUAACGCCAUUAUCAGUCCUUGCUCAAAAAACAGAGCCCAAGAAAAACCCCUUAUCACUAGCCACCAUCUCUCCAUUAAAACUGCAGCCCUUUUCCGUUUCAAAACCUCUGCACGGCAGUUUGAUCAUUCUGUCUUCAUUCCUGAGCUCCGAAUUAGCCAAAGCAUUGACAUACGAUGAGGCCCUCGAGCAAUCGAUCCGCAGCUCCGCGUCGGAUUUUGACAUCAACAGCUUCAUCGGUUUCGCAUCCGAAAAUCCGAUCAUCCUCGGCGGCGGGGCGGCGGUUGUGGCCGUGCCGGUUGUGGUCUCGAGGCUGCUGAGCAAGCCGAAGCGGUGGGGAGUCGAGAGCGCAAAGGCGGCGUACAUGAAAUUGGGGGACGACGGAAGUGCACAACUGCUCGAUAUUAGGGCUACGGCGGAGAUAAAGCAGACAGGGAGUCCGGAGAUUAGGGGCCUGAAGAAAAAGCCGGUGGCGGUCGUGUAUAAAGCUGAAGAAAAACCGGGUUUUUUGAAGAAGUUGUCUUUGAAGUUCAAGGAACCGGAAAAGACAACACUGUUUAUACUGGACAAAUUCGAUGGGAACUCGGAACUUGUGGCUGAACUGGUUACGGAAAAUGGCUUCAAAGCUGCUUAUGCAAUAAAAGACGGGGCAGAAGGGCCGAGAGGAUGGUUGAAAAGUGACCUUCCAUGGAUACUUCCAAAGAAGACAUUGAGCUUUGACCUCAGCAACUUCACGGAUGCUUUUGGGGAGGCAGCUGAGAUUGUACCCUCGACACUCGGUGUUGCAGCAGCAGCAGCUGGUCUUGGACUAUUGGCUUUUACAGAGGUGGAAACAAUUCUCCAAAUACUAGGUUCGGCUGCUCUCGUGCAGUUUGCAAGCAAGAAACUCCUGUUUGCAGAGGACCGGAAGCGAACUUUACAGCAAAUUGAAGAGCUUCUGAACACCAAAGUUGGCCCUAAAGAGUUUGUGGAUGACAUUCAGAAAAUAGGGAAGGCUCUCCUACCAUCACCCGUAAUUAGCAAUGCUCUACCUGCUGCUCCAGGAGAAACAACGCCAAUGCUCGGCCCAGCUGAAACUGCUGUUCUAAAAUCCAAGACGGAAAGUGUCCCAACAGAAGCCAAAACCACUCUACAAGUCAACUCUGUCCCGGAAGCAGAAAUCGAACAAGAAUCUCUUCCUGCUCCUCCUGCUAGGCCACUUUCACCUUAUCCCAAAUAUCCCGAUUACAAACCCCCAUCAUCUCCAAGUCCAUCACAGCCUUAG